UUGGGGUUCUUCGGUUCCUCCACAGAUACAGAUACUGCCCCCUCUUUACCCACACAGACCUUCGGACACUAUAAACACACACUACAGAGAGUGACAGUGAGAGCAAUCCAGAUGGUGGAGACAGAGGCUGAUAUAUGUCCCAUGAUUUUCUUCUCUGUCUUAGACUAUGUUUGAGGUUUUCUUGGUGGUUUUUUAGGCAAAGGGGUUCUUCUGGGUUUUGAAGGAGGAUUAGUUGCAGAGAAGUGGUGGUGGGUCGGCGGCGGCGGCGGAGGAGGAGCAGAUGGGUUAUUAUGAAUAGCAGUGGGUGUGGCGGUGAAGAUGGGAGUAGGACAGUAGUUGUAGGGGGAACAGCAGCAGCAGCAGCAGGCAGUGGCAUGAUGGGGAUGAAUAAUAGGUCACCUUUCACAGUGUUACAGUGGCAGGAGCUGGAGCAUCAGGCUCUGAUCUUCAAAUAUAUGAUGGCAGGUCUGCCUGUGCCACCUGACCUUGUACUCCCUAUUCAGAAGAGCUUCGAGUCCAUUUCUCAUAGGUUCUUCCAUCAUCCCACCAUGGCAUAUUGUUCAUUCUACGGGAAGAAGGUGGACCCCGAGCCUGGAAGAUGCAGGAGGACUGAUGGCAAGAAAUGGAGGUGUUCCAAAGAUGCAUACCCAGACUCCAAGUAUUGUGAGCGCCAUAUGCACCGUGGCCGCAACCGUUCAAGAAAGCCUGUGGAAUCUCAAACAAUGACACAAUCUUCAUCCACCGUGACAUCUCAUACCGCUAUCGGAAGCAGCAGCAGCAGCAGCGGAGCUGGAAGCUUCCAUGGCCUUCCACUGAAUGUCUUAAGCAAUUCCCAGGGUACUCCCACUGGGACCAGCCAGCCUCAUUAUCCCUUGGACUCCAUUCCCUAUGGUAUCCCAAGCAAAGAUUAUAGGUAUAUUCAAGGGCUUAGACCUGAGGCUGGAGUGCAUAGUUUCUUUUCUGAGGCAUCAGGAAGCAGCAGAGCUGUUCAAAUGGAUGCACCAAUGGACAACAACACAUGGCCAAUGAUGCCACCUAGAUCCCCGUCUUUCCCGGCAUCAAAAUCGACCGAAAACUCGAUCUUCCAAAGUGGGUACCCACCGUAUUCGUUCUUCGGUGGCGAAUUUGCAUCCGGGGAUACUCUGAAGCAAGAGGGCCAAUCUCUUCAGCCAUUCUUUGAUGAGUGGCCAAAAACCAGGGAGUCAUGGACGGGACUUGACGAUGAAAGAUCGAAUCAAACUUCCUACUCCACAACACAGCUCUCGAUAUCAAUUCCAAUGGCUUCAUCCGACUUGUCGACCACAAGUUCGAAAUCUCCUCACGAUAAUUGAAAGCAAGCUGCAUGAUGCUUUGAGAAAUUUUCAAGUUUUAUCUCUCAACUUUGAUGCCUGAAUUUCGUAAGCUAGUCGUUCAUGUUCGGUAUAUUUGAGCGAGCGUGUCGUUGGAGAAUUCUGUUGUAUUCUUGCCUUGUUUUCCCCCUUUGCUGCUCUGUUUCUUUGGGAAUCAAAAACUUGGUUGUUAUUAUGUGUAAACAAUUUAGAAGCUGAAUGUUGGUAUUAGGCUUGGAAUAAUACAAAACUGGAUGAAAAUUGUUUGUUAGUA